AUGGCCGAGUUGGACGCCGCGGCCAUGGAGCGGUUGAGAAAAGAAAUGGGCGAGAAAGUAGAGAUCCCAGUGCCGGAGGGCAUGAUACCAGUCCACGACAACAAGGCGACCGCCGUGUUGGCCGCCCCGGGCGAUCUGGAGAGGUUGCGCGAGAGCAUGGAGCCAGAGUUAGUGAUGAGCACCCUGGUCGAUCCGCUCGCCGUCGUGCGGCUGACGCCCUUUUCGGCCAUUCCGGAAUGGGCCAACCACUCAACCUUUUGCUCGAUCACGCGGACGGCGGAUGAAUUGUCGAUCGUAACGUGCUCCUUCGACGUGCCGGCGACGGAGCAGCGGGAAGGCCCGUUUACGGCAUUCAUGGUGCACGGCCCGCUCGACUUCGCCCUGACCGGGAUUCUGAGUCGAAUCGCGACGGCGCUCGCGCGCGCCGGCGUCAGCAUCUUCGCCAUCUCGACGUUCGACACGGACUACGUGCUCGUCCCGAGCGCGGACGCCGACAAAGCCCGGAGCGCCCUGACGGCGAGCGGGACCUGCCGCUUCACCGAUCCGUAG